AUGACCGGUGUUGAGUUCGGGGAGAUCUUUGAAGCAUCUAGUGUGGGAAGCCGAGUGCAUUUGUCAAAUGUUUCUCUGAUUCACCGCGUCCUGCCAAUCCGCCAAUGCCAGACUGAGACACAAAGCUCUCUUCCACCGCAGCGGCUCUUGGUGCUGCUAAAGGAGCUUUUUGAGAGAGUCCGGUUGGAGACACCAGGCCAGUUGGAGCCAAAGGCCCCUGAGCUGACUCUGAGCCUCCUAACUGCCGCAUAUGACAGGAAUGGAAGGGGUUUGAUCCAGCCUCGAUCAGCUGCAACGGCUUUGAUCGUUCUAUCGGGAGACAGCCUGGUCACCAAAUACAGAGGUCAGGGGACAUUAUUUCUCUGCCUUCUGCCUGGAGGUUUGUGCAGGGACUGCAGUAAUGCUGCGUUUUCCCCUUCAUUCCAGAUCUUGGCAGCAGUGGGAGAAAACUGUAAUCUAAACUAUGUGGAAACGGCAACACUUGGUUGUUUCAGUGGGGUUCUCACGGCAGCAAUUGGGGAAGAGAGAUUCCUGUCUUGGCUCCAAACACAACCCGCCAUCCUACUUUGGCUCCCCGCCUGCUACAGACUGUCAGUAACAGAAAUGGUUGCACACCAGGUCAAAUGUAACAUUUGCAAGACCUUUCCCAUCAUUGGACUAAGGUAUCAGUGUUUGAAGUGCCUGAACUUUGACAUUUGCCAGGUCUGUUUCUUCACUGGGCAGAUGAGCAAGCCCCACAAGAUGUCUCACCCUGUGAUGGAGCACUGCAUGCCGGUGUCGGCAAAGAAAAACACAAAGCUGUUCUUCCGCACCAUUCGAAACAAUCUGUUUCAAGGACGCUGCAAAAGGAAGGAAGCUCGGAGGAGGAAGGCCUUGAUGGUGACGGGAGAAGGAGACGUCCCUUCCCACAAUGCAGCACUGUACCUGAGGAAACAGCUGAACAGGUGGAAGGGCAAAGCACAGCUGCUUCACUCUGGCCAAGAAGACAGCAACCACAGGCUGCAAGCAAAGAUCCAGGACCUAAUAGCGAGCCAGGAAUGUCUAAUAGUGGAGCUGCAAAAAGUGAAGCAAGAAAUUAAGAAUAUUACUAAAUGUAAGGAGGAGCCCUUGAAAGCAAGAAGAUUCCCGAAUGGACCUGGUUGCUCUCUGUUAAUACCCUCUCGCUCAGGGUACUCCAGUGACAAGUCUUUGGAUCCCACCUCUGCUUGUCUGAAAAGGAAUUGGCCGGUAGACCCACAUACUGGUCUGUUCAGCAGGAACUUGGAAUCACUGAUGGUCCCACCAAGGACAGAGCCCUUCCAAAGUGCCAAGCCUGAAGAAGAAGACCACCGUCAAAGACCUGGGGCGAGAAGUGUUCCUCUAAUGCCUGAAAUGAGCCACCCCAACCAAAGUCAAAUCACAAGCCCUCGUUCUUCUGCUGCACAAGAGCCACCUCUUAGGGAGGAGGAAGAGGAAGAACUGCAACAGUUGAUGCUGAAGUUAAAAGAUGCCCUCUCCCUCCAGGUGCAACCAGACCAGCGUUCUGCCCUCCAGGAGGAAUUGCUUUCAGCAGCUGAACACGUUUCCAAGUCUUUCUCCAGUCUCAUCAGCCGAGUAAGUUUGCCUGCUAGGAAAUGUCAGUAUGCUGCAGCGUACUUCCCUGCCUAA